AUGUUGUUGAAAAUUGGUGAUGGUUGCUUAGACGUUGACGCUGAAGGCUACAUAUCACUGUCAAGAGAAUUUUGUAAUUUAGUUCGAAGUGAUGUGGAUCUCAUUGCUAAUGUUUUUCCGGAACUGCAACAAAAUUUGUGUAGUGAUCAGUGGUUGUGUGUAAGAGCAAUAUUAGCACCAAGAAAUGAAAUUGUAAAUAGGAUUAGCACUGACAUUUUAAACGAGGUUCAAGGAGAAAUGAAGGAAUAUUUGUCAAUGGAUACAAUUAUGGAUACGGAACUAAGUACUUCAUAUCCUGUGGAGUUUUUAAAUUCACUUGAACUAUCGGAUGUACCGUCACAUAAACUUCAAUUGAAACUAAAUGUAGCAGUAAUGCUUAUGCGAAAUCUAGAUGCUCCUCGGCUAUGUAAUGGAACAAAGCUUCUUAUAACAAAAUAA